AUGGCAAAGUCAACGCAGAGUAAUCCCCGCGAGGUCCCUCUACGUGAUACCUCGCCUUUGCACUUAAGCAAGAACGACUGGGGCGGAAUACCUGUUCCUAUCAGUCUAAUACACAGAUUGGAAUUCUGCCUAUCAACAUUGAGUUCUCAGUCCACUCAAGGGUUUCGUAUUCCGUUGGUAAUCAAAACCCAUGGAGUCGCAACAAACAUCAACAUUGAUGUGUACGACAAGUCACAGACCCUUCCUACCGACAGCGGUACCACGCAAUUGGAGCCCUCUCUAGGCGAUAUCAAGAUAUCUGAGCCAGAGCUGCGAUCCGAGCAGCUGCAACUUCCGCCGCAACCGUCGCUUCGACAAAUUCUCAAGGUCCGUCGUCGCCUGCUCAGCUCGGCCAUGAAACACGAUAACAUGGACGCAGUCAUGGAUCAGCAACCUAUUACAACCAUCGAGGACUCCGAGACCGAGACCGACGAGCUCACUUUUCUUACGUUUUCGCCUUCCAAGGACUUGGCUCAUUCCAGCAGCAAAGACGAGGCGAAGCUAAUGGGUCAUCGAAAAUCUGAUCAUUUCCACGAAUUGAUCAAAGUAGAACCCAGUAAGAUUAAGGCAGAAUUCAGUAAGAUUGAGGCAGAAUUCAGUGAGAUUAAGGCAGAAGCCAGUGAGAUUAAGGCAGAAGUCAGUGAGAUUGAGGCAGCAUUCAGUAAGAAACGGAAGAAUCCUGACGACGAUGCAUCUCACUACUCGGGGGUUUUGGUCGACUCAAGCGAUGAAGAAAACGACAGCGAGGGCAUCUUGGAUACCACGCGUAUCUCUACGGACCCCAAAGAAAUGGCCAUUCCCGUAAUCGUUCCAAAGCACGAAAAGGUCGACCCUGUCAGAAAAUGGCUUUAUGAGCAUCCUGCCUGCCCAUAUCCUACUAUGGACGAGAAGAUAGGGCUGGCUACUGCUGCUGGCCUCACAACCCAGCGAUUGAGUUGUCGCUUGGCUAAUCUUAGGUUACGUCUUAGACGCGAACUCCAUGAACUUGCAACAUACACAGACAUUGAUACGUACAAUACACCGCGACCCAAGUCACAGACCCUUCUUACUAGCAGCGGUACCACGCAGUUUCAGCCCUGUCUAGACGAUGUCACCAAAUCUGACCCGCGCACUAUUCUUAGAUCUUCAACUCACAAAAACUUGGUCCAUCCUAGCAGCAAAGACAAGGCCAAGCUGAUGAACUAUCAAGGAUAUAAUACUACCGAUGGACCGGACAAGGCAAGAGUCAGUAAGAAAAGGGUGAAUUCUGACGAUGAUGCAUCCCACUGCUCUGAGGCUUUCUCAAGUGAGGAAGGAGACGACAGCGACUACGAGUGGGAUAACAUCAUUACAUGGAACUACUCUCAACACGAUGCACUACUCUCCUUCCUCCCGUAUAUCCGCGGUUAUGACGAAAAUACUUCUCCCCCGUGCAGCGACUCCCCAGAAAGCGGAAGCACUACCAGUGGUACGACGAGCGAUACUCCUGCGUCGUCAUCUGCAUCUAGUCUUUCUGGAGGAACUGACCCUCAAGGAAACGGAUAUACCCCACCAAGUGCUGGGACAGGGUUCCCAGAUAAUGGUAGCAAUCCAGUUCUUGGAACCAAGGAGGGGUUUGGGGCAAAGGUCGCCGUCCCCCGGCCUCUUCCCCUCAUCUGCUGGUAUUCUGCCGCUGGCAUAGCUUGUAAUGCGAAGCAUGUCUCGAGCUCGUGUAAAACACGAUACUUGUGGUGUGAUCAUGCUUGGGGCAAGGAUGAAGGUCUGAAUCAUCGGCUAUCUGAUGCGUGCCAGCGGUGUAAACGUUUGUUUCUUACCGAAGAACUUUUGGAAGAACACCAUGGAACUUGUCGAAAAUUGAUCCCCUUAGAGCUGGAGGAAUUAAAUAGGAUACCCAACAGACUCGGGAUAUCUCGCGAGUGUAAGAAAGCCAUCGAAGUUCUCAGGAAACGUAUCGAAAAGGAGACAAAGGGUGGUAAGCCGCCAGCCCUUCACGAUGACGACACUAUGACGCUGUUGGAGCAACGAGUGGACAGCAAUGUUUCGCUUUACAUAAACGGGUCUAACGCAAGUGAGAAGACCGCUAGGUCUGAACUGUGGAAGUGGUAUUUUAUCUUCAAGAAGUUGCGGCCUGACGACGAGCUUCCGAGAAAUCCAUUCCUUCCAGCACAACAGCCGUUAGGACUUGAAUUGAGUCUUGGAGAAAAACCCAGGGCUGACGCUCGCCUCAUGUUCAUGUGCAACCUCAACCAGGACGAACGCCUCUCUAAACUCGACAACGACCAGCGUACCGCUCUGGGCCGCGUGUUCCUCAAUACUCUAGAGAUGCUAGGUCUCAAUCAAGCAAACAAUAGACGCCGGACUGCUCAGAAUUCUACCAGAAAUCCACGGAAAAGGCAGAGAAUUUCCCCACCGGAGAGUUGUGAGCGUGCACCAGAUUCAACUUAUCUUACUCCGGCACCUACGACACCAGCACUGGCACCAGCUCCGAUACCAAUGGAAGUUCCUCCAUCUGUUCGGAAUCCAGUAAACUUUCAGCAUUCUACAUUCACACCAGCCGAAGUGCAAAACCGACUGCUGCCGCAAAUACCGUCAUCCGUCCCCCAAUCAUUUAUGCCUAGCACUGAUAAUCUUUGGCUGCUACAACAGCAGCAACAACCACAACAACAAUUGCAGCAGCAACAAGAAGCAGAAAAUGAUCAUUCGCUUUUACCCAUGGGCGACCUCGGUUAUAUCAAUUCGUGGAUAGGCUACGAUGAGCUCACAGAAUUUGGAACUCGAGAUUAUUAG